CUUCCUUUCGAUUAUUCCUCUGGAACUUCUUCGUCUUCAUUUUCAUCUUCUUCCUCCACCGCUUGGAACUUCAUUCCAUCCCUAUCUGCGCACAAACCCACCAUUUCCCUUCCCUUCCCCUCCCCUCACAAUCAAUUAACCUACAAAAAAUUUAAAUACCUAAUUACUCUUCUGUGCACCACAUCGAUCGUACAACAACAAUUCCGAAUCCCCCAAAAACAUACAUACAUACAUACAUACAUACAUACAUAUAUUGAUGUUGAAAUCGAUCGAGAGCUGUUGGCCUGGGUUGAAUUGAUUAGCUAGAUAGAUAGAUGGGCAAUGUGACGUCCAACGUUGCUUCGAAGUUCGCGUUCUUCCCGCCCGACCCGCGGACGUAUGAGGUGCACAGAAACGAGGAGGAGGGGCGAUGGGUGAUGAGGGGAUUGUCCGCCGAUAAGAACGUCGACGUGCAUUUGCUCGAUACCAAACCAGGAAAUAAAGUUGUCGCCACGUUCUGGAAGCAUCCUGCUGGGAGAUUCACCCUCUUGUAUUCCCAUGGCAACGCCGCCGAUUUAGGGCAGAUGCACGAUCUCUUCGUCGAGCUCAGAGCUCACCUUCGCGUCAACAUCAUGAGCUACGAUUAUUCUGGAUACGGUGCAUCCACGGGAAAGCCUUCCGAGUUGAACACUUACUACGACAUCGAAGCCGUGUAUAAUUGUUUGAACACCGAGUAUGGAAUCAAGCAAGAAGAUGUGAUUUUGUAUGGACAAUCCGUCGGGAGCGGUCCUACGCUACACUUGGCUUCUCGUCUUCCACGGUUGAGAGCAGUCGUUCUUCACAGCGCAAUUUUAUCGGGCAUACGAGUACUUUAUAAUGUAAAAGUCACCUUCUGGUUCGACAUUUUCAAAAACAUCGACAAAAUCAAGCAUGUCAGAUGCCCUGUUUUGGUCAUACAUGGUACUAAAGAUGAAAUCGUCGACUUGUCCCAUGGAAAGCGACUAUGGGAGCUUUCGAAAGAGAAAUACGAUCCAUUGUGGAUUCAAGGAGGCGGGCAUUGUAAUCUCGAGACGUUUCCAGAAUACAUCAAGCACUUGAGGAAAUUCGUGAACGCAAUGGAGAAGAUAUCGAUCAAAAGAAGCAAAUCUAGCGCAGGAUCGGAUUCGAGUGCCACAGAAAUCAAACACAGCAAGUGCUUGGGAUUCGGGAGAAGAUAACUAACUAAGUAUCGAUGUGUUGUUGUGUUGAAUAUCCAAUGUUCGAUCUUUGGGAGGACUCUGAUGCUUAAUUUGUUCUCUGACGGCUGGCUGCCGGGCAAAGGUGUGAUCUUUUUAUGUUUCGGUGUCGUUCGAGGUAAACUCAAAUUUGUCGCGCUGUUGGCGCUGGAUGUGAAGCUUAUUUAGCCGCGCAAGUUGGUCGCCGUCUUCGUCGUCGUCGUCGAAAUAUAAUGUAAUUGUUGUGUUUCAACAUUGUAAUUUAUGCAUGCUAUUUCUUUUAUUGUACAUAUAACCAUCAAUAUUGUUGAUUUUA